AUGGCUCUCAGCCUCACUCAGGAGUAUUUUCACAUCCCUGUGGUGACCCGAACAUACACGACUGCCUGCGUCCUCACCACCGCUGCCGUGCAACUUGAAGUCGUCCGCCCGUUUCAGCUCUACUUUAAUCCAGAGCUCGUCAUCAGGAGCUGCCAGAUAUGGCGCCUGAUAACCGGCUUCCUCUUCUUUGGAUCGCUCGGAUUUGGUUUUAUAUUCAACAUAACGUUUCUCUAUCGAUACUGUCGGAUGCUGGAGGAAGACAGUUUUCGAGGAAGAACGGCCGACUUUGUUGUAUUUUUCCUGUUCGGCGGAGUCCUCAUAACUCUGCUGGCUCCGCUGGCCGACGUCUUCUUCCCGGGUCAGGCCUUCCUCGUCACGCUGGUGUACGUCUGGAGUAAAAGGCGCCCGCUGACGCGCACCAGCGUCUUCGGCCCGCUGAGCGUCCGGGCCCCGCUGCUCCCCUGGGUGCUGACGGGAUGUUCGCUGCUGCUAGGAAACUCCAUCGUGGUCGACCUCCUGGGUGUCUGCGUCGGUCACCUGUAUCAUUUCUUAGAGGACGUGUUUCCAAACCAACCGGGAGGAAGGAAGCUGCUGACGACUCCAGAGCUGCUGUAA